AUGCAUUUCCCCAAGGUUCGUAUUGUGUCGCCUGUCACUGCGUCAAAGCUCCUUGCGAGCCCAGCCCGUGUAGUCCCCAUUGAUUCCACGUGGUACAUGCCCAAUUCACCAAUUGCUGCUAGAUAUCAGUUUAACAGAGAUGAUCGGAUUCCGGGGUCGGUGUUUUUUGAUUUGGAUGCUGUGUGUUGUCCAGUAUCUAAAUAUCCCCACAUGUUGCCUCCACACCGCUUAUUCGACUCUUCAGUGGGAACUUUGGGUAUCAACAAGUCCGACUCGGUGCUUGUGUACGAUCGCCAAGGUAUCUUUUCUGGUCCUCGGGCUGCUUGGACUUUUGCCUUAUUCGGCCAUGAUAACGUGUUUUUGUUGGACAACUAUGCCGAGUUCAAAAAGGACAAUGAGGUAGAGGUUGGAGUGAGCUCGUUUCUGCCCACCCCAACCGAAUACGAAGGCAUUGAUAAUGAGCAUUUCUUGGUCAAUUACCGUAAACAAGUCAUUGAGUUCGACGAGUUGGUGGACUUGGUAGAGAACGAAGGAUUGAAGGAAGAUUAUGUUUUGUUUGAUGCCAGAUCAGCCGAUCGUUUCUCUGGUAAGGCUCCCGAGCCCAGACCCGGACUUUCGUCAGGUCAUGUUCCAGGAGCAUUGUCGUUGCCAUUUUCCGAGGUUUUGGACGCACAGGGCCAUUAUAAGUCUAAGGAAGAGUUGCUUGAGCUUUUCAAAACGAAAUUUGGUUUGGAUUUCUCUGUCCCGUUCGACAAGAAGGGCGUGAUCGUCAUGUGUGGCACUGGUGUCACCGCGGUGAUUCUUCGUUUGGCAAUUGAAAAGGUGGCUGACGUUCCCAUCCAGGUCUAUGACGGCUCAUGGACUGAGUGGGCCCAGAGAGCUCCUAACUUGAUCCAAAAAGAUGUCUGA